AACGCGCUUUAGUUGAAAAGUAACCAUUUUAGACAAACAACACACAUUCAGCAUACAAAAGUAGGAAAAUCAAAAAUGUUGUGGUAUAAACUAUUAUUAAGCGGUCUUAUAUAUGGCUUACUGAUACUGCCAGGAAAUCAGGCAAAAAAUAUAAAGAAAAGAGGAGUAAUGGAUAAUUUAAAUGAUGGUUUAAAGGUGGCGGGACAAAUGUUUGGCAUUAAUACAGCUGCUGAUGUGGCCAAUUUGGUGGCUAAGGCAUUUUCCAAAAAUACCAGCAAUCGCAAUACACCCGAUUUAUUUACCAUAAUCCAGAAAGGUUUACAACUUUCACCCUCCCAUACGAGCAGUUCAGAGGAAAGAAAACAAAAUAACUAUGAAUCACAAGAAUCACAGCAACAGGUCCAAACAGAGGCAGCAGCAGCACAGUUUAAACCAUUUCAAACUAAAACAUCGGAAGCCACGCCCUCUAAAGAGUCGAUAGGUUUAAAUUUUGGCACUACGAAUCUUAUAACCAGCAUGUUACGCAUGGUAGGCUUUGAUGCCGCCAAAUUGGGAGCUUUAGCUAUAAAUGCUUUAAUAAUGAUAGCCUCAGCGAUAGGUAAUACCUUAAUGGGCAAGAAAACUGCACCCAUUAGCGUUACUGCUCUAGAUGGUGGUCGUUUAUUUAAUAGAAACCCCUCUAACUAUGGCUCGCCUAAAAGCCAGGAUAAUCCUACAGAAGAAGAGAAUGCCGACAAUGGUCCCGAAGAAAAAUAUACACCCAAUGCUCACCAGCCACGAACUGUAAAUGAUCCCACCACCAUAGAAUGGUUUUUACAAAACUCCUCACGUAAAAUGAAACGUGUUUUGCAACAAGCAACCAAUUCCGAUUUAGCAGAAAAACUAACCGAUAUGAUAACGAAUUAUGAAUCCACUAAUGGUCAGGCUGCUUGUUUGAAAAUGUUAGUUUGUAAAAGUUCACCCUUUAUUUGGGGCAUGCAAAAAUCGAUAAAGAAACAUAUAGAACCGAAGAGCAAAGAGGCGGAUAUCGCUGAAGAAAAUGAAGAUAAUGUCGAGUCGUCUUUUUUUAAUGUACAACAUUUCUUUACACAUUUACCCAGUAUCGAUGAGUAUCGGGCUUAUGGUAGUAAAUGUGAAAAGCAAUAUUCGGUUUAUUGUAAUACUAAAGAUUUAUAUAAUAAAUAAUUGUUGGAGUGUUUUAAGAAUUUAAAAUGUUAUAUGGAAUUGUUAUUAAUAUAUAGUAGAAAGUUAUUAAUUAUUAAAUAAAAAAAUAAACAUUUUCUUAUAAGGA